AAGAUGAGCAAUUUGCAAGCUUGUAUCAUGGGGUGUCUUUUUCUUCUUUCUUUAUUAUCUAUCGCCAUUCUAUUCAUCAUCCACAAAUACAGAACAUAUGGUACAAGAGCAACUCUUCCACCUGGCCCUCCAACCCUUCCUCUAAUCGGCAAUAUACACCAACUUGAUAGCUCAUCACUGCAUCGCUGUUUAUGGAAACUCUCCAAACGUUACGGACCUCUCAUGAUAUUGCACCUUGGCUCUGUGCCAUGUUUGGUGGUUUCCUCAGCAAAAAUGGCCAAAGAAGUUUUGAAAACCCAUGACCUCAAAUUUGCAAGCAGACCACCUUUCCUUGGCAUGAGGAAAUUGUCUUACAAUGGCUUGGACUUGGGUUUUGCACCUUAUGGCCCUUAUUGGAGAGAAAUGAAAAAACUCUGUGCCCUCCACCUUUUCAGCUCUCAACGCCUCCAAUCCUUUAGUAACAUCAGAGAAAAUGAAGUUUCCCAAAUGAUUCAGAAAAUAGCAAAAUAUGAUUCUUCAGAAAAAGCAGUGAACUUGACUGAAACAUUGAUGUCUUUCACAAAUUCCCUAAUAUGCAGGAUAGCUUUUGGGAGAAAGUACGGCUAUGAUUAUGAGGAAGAAUUGGAAAUAGGAAAUGACCAAAAGAAGAGUAGAUUGCAGGUACUUCUCAAUGAGGCUCAAGCUUUGUUGACAGAAUUUUACUUUUCUGAUCACUUUCCAUUGAUGGGGUGGGUUGAUAGACUUAGAGGAACUCUGAGGAGGCUAGACAAAACCUUCAAGGAGUUAGAUUUGAUCUAUGAACGAGUCAUCCAUGACCACAUGAAUCCAACAAGGCCUCAAACCAAUGACCAAGAAGUUCCAUAUAUCAUUGAUAUUCUUGUGCAGAUGAUGAAUCACCACUCAUUCUCUUUUGAUCUUACUCCCGACCAUAUAAAAGCUAUUCUUAUGAACAUCUUUAUAGCAGGAACAGACACUAGCUCAGCCAUAGUAGUUUGGGCCAUGACAGCACUAUUGAAGAAUGCUAGAGUGAUGAGUAAGGUUCAGAGGGAAAUCAGAGACUUGUUUGGUGACAAAGAUUUUAUAAGUGAAGAUGAUAUUGAAAGGCUUCCUUAUCUUAAAGCAAUUGUCAAGGAGACUUUGAGGUUGUUCCCACCAUCACCAUUACUUUUGCCAAGGGAAACAAUGGAAAGGUGCAACAUAGAUGGGUAUGAGAUUCCAGCAAGAACUCUAGUGCAUGUAAAUGCUUGGGCAAUAGCAAGGGACCCUGAGAGUUGGGAAGACCCUGAAGAAUUUUAUCCUGAAAGGUUCAUUGGGAGUUCAAUAGACUUCAAGGGGAGAGAUUUUGAGUUGAUUCCAUUCGGAGCAGGAAGGAGAAUGUGUCCUGCAAUGAGCAUGGGAAUGAUCAUAGUUGAGCUUUCACUAGCUAAUCUUCUUCAUUCAUUUGAUUGGGAGCUGCCACCUAAAUUUGACAAGGAAGAGAUGUUGGACACGCAAGCAAAACCCGGAAUAACAAUGCACAAAAAAAUUGAUCUUUAUCUUAUUGCUAAGAGACAAACUAGUCCACGCAAGAUUUUUUUGUAGUGGUAUAUUAAAUAUUCGGUUAAAUAUGUUUUCGGUCCACAACAAUAACGAAUUAUUAGUAUUGGUCAUUGAAUUAAA